AUGGCGGCCCCACCCGGAGUCGCCCUGUAUGAACUACUAAUAUGGAUGCUACCGUAUGAAAGAAACAAUUAUCUUUUUUUAAUUCAGCCUUUAGCCAAACUAACGAUCCCUGGUAGAAGAUACCACAGCCGACUUUCUGUAACAAUAAACACAACAGGAGAACUAACAACUUCCACGGCCGUGUUGAUAACCAUGAGAAUCUCCAAUCUCCAGUGUUAUGAUGAAGGAGUGUAUGCGUGUGUUUUUGGCGUUGCCACCGAAGGGGCCCCAGCUGUUGUUUACAAUCUCACAAUGCCCCUUAAUUUACAAAAUGCUCAUGAACCACCAGUGGUGACACUAAAGCCAAAAAAUCUUCACCCUGUUGAGAAAUACUAUUUUGCAUACGAAGGAGUUACGGUUACCGUAAGCUGUUCUGCCGAUCUGGGUUGGCAUGGCACGGGAAGAUUAGAAUGGAGAAUUCAACAGGGGGAUAGGGUGAAAAUUGUCGAACAAGGUGAUCUCCGACUUAAGCCUCAAAUCCCAGACCUAACUAGUAAAGGCGACCUUAACUGCACCCGAUAUGUGAAGCAGUCGUUUCAGCUUUCAGCUGGGGCAGGGCGUCAAGCAACAAUCCUCGCAUGCUUUGUGGUGAAUUCACUUUAUGCAAAUAAGACUCGACAUUUCUGCACAAACGCCGACGCUGAUAUGUGCCGUCAGUCUCCUGCUAUUUGGUUCU